GUGCUGCUGGUGCUGGGCAGCCCGAUGCGCAGCUGCGCGCCGCCGCCGCCACUCUCCUGGCGGCGCGGCCUGACCUCCGCGAGUCCCUGGACGACUUGGCGGAGGAGCCUGCGCCUCCUGCGGCUGUCCUCGCGCCUGCCCAGCUCGACACCGCGGCGAACACCGAGCGGACCCGCUUGGCCCGUGUGGUCGAGGACGCUGCUCGGCAGGUUCGGCUCGCGCGCCAGGAAGUGGAACAGAAGAGAAGCAAAGCUCAACGUGUACGGGAGCAACUCGACGAGGCGACGAAUGGCUUGCACGCUGCGGAGGAGGAUCCUGGUGCUGCCCAGAAGGCCCGUCGCGAUGCCGACGCCGAGCUGCAGGCCUUCGACCCCGAGGCCUGGAAGGCGGCGAAGGCUACUGAG